ACACCUGCCGUCGCAGUUUUAUGACGCAGGAAUCCGCGGUCACCGUGACAUGCUCAGAGGAAAACUGUCGUGUUGACAUCCAACAUGAUGAAUUUAACGGCGCUAGUGCACAACCUCAGGUAUUCGUUGCUACGCGUUGAGAGCAGACUUCUGCAGAUAACUGGACUCGACACUCAGCUGGCUCCUGCCUUGGAGGUGAAUGCCCCCCGCCUCCUACCUGUGUCCGACCAGGAGCAGCAGCUGGAGGAGGCGCAGAGCCCCGGCCUCCUGGACAGCAUCCAGUGGAUGGCAGCCCCCAAGAAGAGACGCACCAUCGAGGUGAACCGCACCAGGAGGAGAUGUGAAUGGAAGCUUCUAAAAGUGAAGAACGACAUCGAGCCGUGUCCAGAGUGUGGCCACCUGAAGCAGAAGAACAUCCUGUGUGGCUUCUGUUACGCUAAGGUUUGCAAGGAGACGUCUCUGAUCCGCAAGCAGAUCGGUCAGAUUGAGGGCGGCCCGCUGAGGGCCCCGACCACUGAGACCGUGGUCCUGUACGAGGGAGAGACGCCGAGCGAUCAGGACAGAGACAAGAGGAUAGUGGAGCGGCCAAGGAAACGGCCGGCCUGGUUCAGCUACUGAUGAGCUGCACCAGAUUAGCUUUAUAUGUUAAUCCCACUCAUCAGGAUUGGUGUUUAAUCCAGACUGAAACCAGCCAUUUUAAUUAUCUGUAUGGUCACAGGUUUAUUUUAUUUUUUUCAUGUUUUGUUUUCACAACAAUAAAUUCAGAAUAUAAAGGAGAAUGUUGUUUUUACUUGCUGUAAGACACAGUAAGAGUCACCUAAACAGUUAUUCUGAUAAAAAUCUGAGGCCAGCUGCA